CCGGUGCCUUUCCCGCGCCUGGGGAUCUGGGAGCGGAGCGUCCGGCGCGCUCACCGCCCGCCGUCGUCGUCGCCCUUGGCUCCCUCUCGCUCUCUGGGUCUCUCUUUGGCCGGGGCUUGGCCUUGCCUCGGGCAGCUGCGUCCGGGGGGGCGGCCGCAGGGCCAGCCGAAGCAGGGAGAGCAGCGCAGCGCAGCGCGGAAGGACCAUGGACAUGAAGAAGAGGAUCCACUUGGAGCUCCGGAACAGGACGCCCUCCGACGUUAAAGAGCUUGUUCUUGACAACAGUAGGUCAAACGAAGGCAAAAUCGAAGGCCUCACAGAUGAAUUUGAAGAGCUGGAGUUCUUAAGUACAAUCAACGUAGGCCUCACCUCAGUUGCAAACUUACCAAAGUUAAACAAACUUAAGAAGCUGGAGUUAAGUGACAACAGAAUCUCAGGAGGACUGGAAGUCUUGGCAGAAAAAUGUCCGAACCUCACACACCUAAACCUAAGUGGCAACAAAAUAAAGGAUCUCAGUACAAUAGAGCCUCUGGAAAAGUUAGAAAACCUGAAAAGUUUAGAUCUUUUCAACUGUGAGGUAACUAACUUGAAUGACUACAGAGACAACGUCUUCAAACUCCUCCCGCAACUCACAUACCUGGAUGGCUAUGACCGAGACGACAAAGAGGCGCCAGACUCAGACGCUGAGGGCUACGUGGAAGGCCUCGAUGACGAUGAGGAAGAGGAAGAUGAAGAGGAGUAUGACGAAGAUGCCCAGGUAGUAGAAGAUGACGAAGAAGAGGACGAGGAGGAGGAAGGCGAAGAGGAGGAUGUCAGUGGCGAAGAGGAGGAGGAUGAAGAAGGCUAUAAUGAUGGAGAGGUAGAUGAUGAAGAGGAGGAUGAAGAAGCUACUGAGGAAGAAAGAGGGGAAAAGAGAAAACGAGAGGCUGACGACGAAGGAGAUGACGACGAUUAAACUCAGCAUACAAUCUCUUGGCGGGGGGACAAAUUUCCUGUUGUGAUUUGACUGUUUCUACCCUGUAUUUCUCUCUCUCUCACACACACAAAUACACCCUCAAACCCCCCUCCUACCCAGAGUGUAAUGUUGCUGUGGGAUCGAGAAGGAAAUGUGUAAUUCUGCGGGCGAGGGAAUUAAAAUAACCUUUUUUUAAAAACACACACACACUUCCACAAAACUCGGCCGCUCCUACUUUUGUUUUCUGGAGAUGUUUCCUUUUGCCUCUGUUAUUAGUUCCUGUUUAUAAUGCAAUAGCAAACAUAUAAAGCAAGUGGUGGAGUUGUGUUUUGUUUUGUUUUUCCUCCGAGUGGCUAAUCCUGGAUCCUUUGGGUAUUUUUUUUAAACCUUUUUUAAAAAAAGAAAAUAAAUGAGCAAGAAGAUUGUGGAAGUGGCCAGAAUAAGAGAUGGCAGUGAGCUCCUUUUUUAAGUCCUUAGAACUGGCGGCGUUUGCCAGUCUCUGAGCAUAUUGUAAGUAUAUUUCCCCCCCCCCCCCCAUUUUUCUUCUCUUCUGGAUGCAGCAAAACUUGCCUUGAGAGCAUUGCAGCCACAGCAGCCGUGGGGCAGAGAGACCCCCAAUACAAGUGUUUCCUUUGUUGCCUGUUUGUGAAUGGCUGCCAUUCCCAGAAAGCCCUUUUCCUCCACUCUUUCUCUAGGUAACUUUUUACUUUGUUGUUUGUAAAUAGUGACCAAAUACGAAAUCUGCCCUCUCCCCUUUUGUUUCCAGUUUGUGGGGGUGACUUUGAAUUUCCCCCUUUUUUCUUUUUCAACAUCCUUUUUUUGAGCGCAACCCACCGGCGAACAGGAGCUGCGCCAAAACCGCGCCGUAACUCUUUCGGGGGCCACUCCUUUCUCGCUGGAUUGUGUCCUUGCUUCUUCUUAGUUUUUAGGGUAUAUGGAAGACAGUUCUCUGUAAAUGGCAGCCAUGGAAAUAAUCUAUAAAUAUAUAUAAAAAAGUGUUCCUAAUUUCCUGAGUUUAACUGGUGAAAUGAAUCUGACAGUUGUAAUAAAAAAAGAAAAUGUUUGAACCCUUUUAACUAAGGUGUGUACUAUUUUGGUCUGUAAGAUAUUAUAUAUAUAAAUAUAUUAACCCAGCCCUUGAUAUGAAGCGAUAGGGAUCUUGUUUCCGCCUCUGCUCUGUCUUAGCGCUGGAGAAAACAUUUUUACAACCCUUUUAAGUACUACCAGAGCGGACAACGUCAGCAUGUGGGGGCCUAGGCCAGCCUCUUUUCAUACACUCCAAGCAUGGGAUGCUAACACAAGAGUUGUAUUUUCUUACCUAGUUGCAGAAGUCAGUCAGUUUGACUGCAGAGUACCUAGUUGAAUGUACAGUUUUAAUUUCAUAUCCCUCUUUGAAAAAAGCAAGCAAACAAACAAACAAAUAGCGAUAGAAGUGACUUGUAUUUCCUAGUCGAUAUCUCAUCUGUGUAUAAAAAGACCACAACAAAAACGUUGCAACCUUCUCCCUCUUUGCUCCCCAAAGAGCCAGACUUUUUGAGUUUUAUGUCUUGUUUGUCAAUGAUGAAUUUCAAUAAAUCUUUUUAUACAA